AUGAAUUAUUCAUUCUUCCUUGAGAUGCUAUCCAGAAACAAUAAUAACAGCUGGCUGGUACAUCACAUUCGGUCCCGAAUGCCGCCUCAAAAUAAUUUAUUAAUUCCAUGUCCCCGUCAGGACCAGUGGUCCCGGUCCCAAAUGACUACCGACUCGUUGUUUUAUUCAUUUCCUUUUUCCGUUGAUAAAGCUUUUACUAUUUCGCGAUAUUAGCGUUAUUAUUUAUUUUUUAACGCUUAUUUUAAAUUUAAUAAAUAAUCAAACUUCUUAAAAUUCUCUAUCACAAACUUAUAAGUAUUAGUAAAUCAAAGAAGUUGACAUUGUUUUAAACUGUGUGUAUAAAGAUAUCGUUCAAACGAUUAUACAAUUCUGCUUAAACUCACCAUUCCAAAAACCUCGUAUCUGGGGCAAGGUUUUUUUUGUUUCAGAGCAACAGCUAUAAAAUACCUAUAAGUAGGCUAUAAAACUAUUACCAUUUUUUUCCAUACUUGACGCUCUGUUUAGGUAUCGCGGUUUAAGUUUUGUGACUGAAAUAUCGCGUAAAUCCUGAAUGUACACCUGCUUUGUUUCCCGUUUAAAGUACUUAUGUUUGCAAUUAACACAUUAUUAUUUUUUAAAUAACCAAUAACAAACCUUUUUUUUAAUUAGCUCUAAUAUUAGCUUACUUCUAUUAACUUCCUGGUUUUUUGAGUAAACGUUGAUGUCAUAACUAUAGAAAAAUUAUUGAACAGACGAAAUAAUCAAUUCAUUCCUGUCAAACUAGUGUUCUGAUCGUGAUUUUAAAACUGCUUUAGUAUAUGUAAUGAUUAGGUCAUCAUCAUUAUACCUUUAAACGUGUCUCAGUUAUGUUGUAAUAUUUUAAUCAACAUGUUUAUUGUAAAGUUGUUUCCAAUUAUUAUUGUAUUUAUUUCUUGUGUUAAAAGCAGCCAUGUGAGUGAAAAUGUAAAACCUCAAAGUGGAAAGCCAAUAGAAAGGAAUAAUGACCAAGACCGUCCUUCAUCAGCAGAACUUCUUAGUGUUCCUGUAGCUGUGAUUUUUGAAGAAGGAAAUCAAAAAGUGAGUACGAUUGUAAGUAGUGAUGUCUCGGUACAUCAAAGUGAAUCAGAAAUGACCACCAAAAGCAACGAAAAAACAAAAGACAACUCUUUAACAAUAUUCGAUAAACCUCAGAAACAAUCUGUAGAAGUAGAUUUUGACAAUACUAAAGAUGGAUCAGUGAAUUUAACUGAACCUUCUUCUUCAAAGGUAACUACUGAUUCUGCUGUCAAAAAUACCAAAACAAACACAAAAUCAACCUAUAACACAGAAAUGGAAAUCCAAAUUCCUGUGGCAGUAAUAUAUGAUCCUGUACCCGAAAACCUCACGAGUCAAUCAAGAGAUAAAACCAGAUCAAGUCGAAGACGCCAAAGUAAGAAAAGGGGUAACAAAAAUGACAAUGAUCUAAAUAAUAUCAAUCCAAGAGCAACACAGGGAAAUCAAACUAAAGAAGAACCAAUGCGUACGCUUGCCAAAAAAGUUCGUGAACGUGAUCCUGUGGUACCGAUAAUUGAAUCGGAGAAUUACGUCUUUUCCCACAACGGUGAUUUUCAUUACAGUUACGAGGGCGGUGAUGGUACCAAAGCUUUUGAAAAGGGUGAACUGAAAUCGAUAAAUGAAAAUAUUGGUGAAUCAGUAGUCGGUGGCUUUUCAUACGUUGGCAAAGACGGCAAUGAAUACAGUCUUUCCUACACCGCGGAUGAGAACGGGUACCGUCCAGUGGGCGCCCACCUGCCCACGCCUCCGCCCAUACCACCAGCCAUAGCCCGUGCCUUGAAAUAUCUCGCCACAAAAACUACCCCAGAACCAGUCACAGAGGCUGUAAAAUAAGAAACUAACACUUUAUUCUAAGACAUGUGUAACGUAACACUGCACUGCGCCACGGAGCAUUUUGAUUUGAUUCUAUAAUGCUGUGUUUCCAAUUAGCUAGGUUCCGAGCAAACAUUUUGAUCAGAACAAAUUUUUGCAUUUUCGCCCACUGUCUGUGAAAACGCUUAUUAGUAGGUACUCAUUUCCACUAUAGCUGAACGAACAUUUUGUUUUGAACAAAAUCUUGUACGGUCGCACAGGUACAAUGUUCGUACAAAUUUGCUGAGUUAUACGUGUCUACUUGCUUUUAACACAUUAUCAACGGAUUCUCAAAUAUGAUUCCGCAAAAUCUUACAAAAUUGGAAAAUAUAUUUAUCGAUUACAAACUGUGGAUUUUGUUAUGUCAAUUAUUUUCUUAUUUGUUAUGUUUUUCAUUUUACUGUUACUUGUCCUGUUAGGAUUAGUAUAAAACUUGCUGUAAAUGUGAUAAAUUUGUUUAAUAAAAAUAUUUCAUCUUGAUGAGAAUUUCCAAAUGUAUGAUAACACAACGUUAUAAAUUUUGUAAAGGUUCCCCCUACGUGAAAGAAUCUUUUGCUCUGAAUCAUUGCAAAAAACGACAUGAUUCUUACAGUAUGUAUUUGGUAAAAAAUAUAGAAUACAACUAUAUGAAGACUGCAUAAGGAGCUAAGGGUAUACACAGCGACUUCAAAACCACUAGUGCAGGUGUGUUCUCGGAGGAUGUUAAUAUACAUAUAUCAGACAGCCUAUCUUUAAUACGAUCUAUCAAGCGGAGUGUUCAGGUAUCGUCAGAGCAGGGGAGGCCAUUAUACGCCGUGAAAUCAGGAGUAAGAAUACGCUCUGACGGUGCCUCGGUACUCCAGGCGCUAGACAGCAACAUAAUGGCCUCCGGUCUAAUUUUCGAGAGCCACUGCAAACUUAUGGAGGUAGCCAAUGAAAACGUAGUUAUACUUCAAUGGAAUAAAGGACAUAGUGGGUCAAGGGGCAAAGAUGUGGCAGACUGCCUGGCCAGGAGAGGGUCGAACACUGUGGUAUUUUGCUCGAAACCAAUCGUACCUAUCCCAUACUAAUAGCUGCGAGGUUGGAUAAGGCAACGAUAUCUACGACAAUACAAUCAAUACUGGGCUACACUUGCAGACGGCAUUCAUUCCAGGGAAGUCAUACCUAAGGUAGACCCACGGAUAGCAAGUAAGUUUUGCAAGGUACCAAUACACGCCUUGAAACAUAUUGUGAGCAUCCUCACAGGACAUGGACACUUUAAAAAACUUCUCUUUAAAAUAGGUAUCUCGGACAGUCCUCUGUGCAGAGCCUGAAUGGAGGAGGAGGAGACGAGCACUCACGUCCUGCUACAGUGCAGAGGCGAUACACACGAAUGACAUACCUGGGCAGUCCGUAGAUACUGCACGAGGCCUGUGGGGAUACCAAGAGACUGCUGAGCUUCUUGGGGGAGCUGGUAUGGCACGACUAAAGCCAUCCACUCAUGCAAAAUAGGCACCAGGUGUCGAGUUGCGGAGAACACGUCAAGUUGUUCUAUUUGGUGAUAGGAGAAGAAGAAUAUACCUAAAGAUGAUUUUGGCUUACAAAAUUAUGCGUUUAAAUUUCUGCUAAAUGAGUGAAUUCCAAAUGAUUUUCUGUCUGAAAAAGAAGUCGAUACUAUUCGCUAAUAUACAUUAUUAUUUGAGACAAUAUGAUUACGUUGUUUUCGAUUAUACCUGCAGGUUGGCAGAGCGUUAUAGAAGGUCAUUUUUUUUUAUUAUUAUUUUUGACGCACCGGAACCUUUAGAGGCUCCCUAAUCGCAUGACUAUCAUUACAGAUUAAAAUUUCUAAUAAAUAAGAAACUAAGUCAUUUUAUAAAAUAUACAAGUCAUUAAUACCAUCACUCCUGUGCCUCUAAUUGAGCUUUAGUUAGUGUCAGGAAACAAUGGUGGAAUAUUGCUAAGAUUUCGUUUAAAGAUAAUUGAUUUCGAAACUACAUGCAUGUAUGUGUGUUUGUCUUAUUAUUGCCAAUUCAUUAAACAGUCAAUGCCCUUGUCAAAGUUAAUAUUACAAGAUCGAUAAACACUCACUGCUUGCAAACAGUUACAAUAUACUUGCUUACUCUUCUUGACAAUGUAAAUUUGAAGUACCAGGCAUAGUACGUGAAAAAUAAACUGUGUUUAAAAAUACAAUAUAAUCCAACAACUUUAUGACAAAAUAAAUAACAACCGGUAUUGAUGAAAGUAUCACCAAAAAUUUAAGAACUUUAGUAUCUCAUAACCAAGCCAAAAGAACUUCAUGAAAACUGACAACGCGAUAUAAUAUAAAAUAUCUAUCUACUGUAAUAUCGUGAUACAGGAUUUUCAUUUAUUAUAUUUUGAUAAGUUGCAAAAAUAUAUAUUAAACUUCUGUGAUUCGCUUUGUAGUAGCAGGCAGUAUGUGCUGCCAUCGUAUACAAUUUUAGAGUAACAAUAAGCUUUGCCUAAAAAAUACAAUAAAAUAUACGCUCGCAUUCUGGUAUCUCAUAUAUUCAUACACGUUUGGACUAAAGCGGUCCACGGGUUGUUGCCAUUUCGUGUGACAUCUAGAUAUCUUCAUAAAAGCUGAUCAGGGACAGGGAGAGGGUGUGUAUUCUCUCGGGCGAAUCACAUCGUUUAAUAUCAAUCGAACAUCACUUACAGGUCAGUUUGUUUGAAUUUUAAUUAAACUUCUGUGAUUCGCCCUUCGAGAUUACACAUAUUUCACUUGUAGAUGUUUAGAGCUACACGAAAUAGCUGACUAUUAGAUAUUAAUGUCAAUCAGUAAUACACUCGGUGUCCAAAAAAUGAUUUUUCGUUCAUUCAUAUAAAACAUUAACUAAAAAUACGACCAAAAAUAACCGGUCAUAUUAGUCAAGCAGUUCUCGAUUGAUACUCUGUCAUAAUAUACAAAUGAAUUUGAUUAUAAUACAUGAAUUGUUAAGUUUAAUCAUAUUCAUCUCCAGGGGACACGAGGACAAAUAGAUGUAUCUUCUAAUUCGCUUGUUCAGCUAAGCUGAAAGAGAAUUGAGCAGAUUUUAGCUGAAAUGCUUAUUUUUCCAAGUUCCUACAGUAAAAAGAACUUAUAAUCGAUUGUUAAGAUUAAUUGACUUCACCUUUUUUGUAUCAAUAAUUAAGGCCCAGGGGACGCGAAGAUUAAGAGAUAUAUCUUCUAGUUCGCCUGUUCAGUCAAGCUGAAAGAGAAUUGGGCUAAUGUUAGCUAAAAUGUUAAAUUUUUCCACGUUCGCCUCAAAUCACAUUGUAAUUUUACAGACCGUUAUAUCUUGCAGCUAAAGAUGUUAAGUUAAAAUAAGACUAAAAUCGAGUAUAAAAGAAAAAGUAAAAUGUUUGCUUGCAUUGAAAUGAAUAUACCAAAAGAGUUGUAACUUAAAAGAAAAUAGUUUUUUUUUUAUGCAUAAUAGGCAAUGCGUUUGACCACAAUCUCACCUGAUGGCAAGUGAUGAUGAGGCCUAGGAUGGUACACGCCUGCCUAGAAGAUGCCUGUUCACUCUGGCCUUGAAGAUGUCCAGAUUAUAUUGGUCCGGGAAAACAGACCUCGGCAAGGAGUUCCACUCCCCAGCUGUUCGCAUAAUGAAGGCCGAAGCAAAUCGCUUCGUGCGAAUGGGAGGAACUUUGACAACAUAAGGGUGGAAGCCCUCGCCGCGCCUGGUUGUCCGGUGGUGGAAAGGGGAAGGGGGGAUCAAAUUAUGUAAUACCUCCGCACACUCUCCGAAAUGUAAGGAGCUGCUCAGAUGUAAAAUAUCGCCUGACCUUAGAAAGUAUUCCAAGUUUUCUGGCAGCGGUUUUAGCAAUGGACUCAAUGUAGCGACCGAAAUUGAGGCUGGAUGAGAUGUCCAUACCCAAGAGCUCGAGAUGGUCUUUAACCGGCACGGAGACAUUUCGGAAAGUCGGAGUCAGAUGGAAUGGACUCCGUUUCGUCGAGAAGAGACAGGCCUGUGUUUUAGAGGAAUUAAAUCCAACCAAGUUGGCUUCACCCCAGAGGGAAACAGCUUCCAGGGUUGCAUUCACUCCCUCCACCAUCGCCUCCCUUAAUGAUCGGACAUCUGCAUCAGACUUCACAUCUGGCAGAUAUCUCUCCGAAACUGUGCUGUCGUAGCAUAUCCAAAGAUACCGGGAGUUAGGAGCAGAUCAUUGAUGUGCAGCAAGAAUAGAGUUGCGGAGAGGACAGAACCCUGGGGGACACCGGCAUUAAUACCAAGCAGAUCCGACGAUGUGCCAUUAAUGACCACUCGUAUCGAUCUGCCCCUCAGAAAAUCUGCAAUCCAGUUGCAAAGUCCGACAGCGAUUGCAUAUGAAGGAAGCUUACCAAUGAGACUUGCAUGCCAGACCCUGCCAAAGUCUUAGAAAUAUCAAGAGAAACGGCGAGAGCUUCGCCGCGUUUCUCUAUGGCUUCACUCCAUAAGUGGGUAGCAUAAACAAGAAGAUCCCCAGUAGAUCGCCCACGGCGGAAACCGAAUUGGCAGUCACUGAGGAGAGGAGAUCGUUAUCUUCGAGGUAAACGAGGAGACGGUUGUUCAAUACACGCUCCAUAAUCUUACAGAGUAUGGAGGUGAUUGCAAUAGGUCGAUAGUUGUCAGGUUCGGCACGGCUACCCUUUUUGGGUACUGGUUGGACAUUGGCAAGCUUCCAGGUUUUCGGAACUUGGCCAAUCUCAAGGGAUAAGCGAUAUAGGCGAGUCAGAAUUGGAGACAAACCAGGGGCACAAUUCCGCAGGACAAUAGCUGGAAUGCCAUCGGGCCCACUGGCUUUCUCACGUCUAGAGUGCUUAGCGUUUUGAGUACCUCUUUCUGAUGAAUGCGAACUUCCAACAUGGCAGAAGAACACUGAGGAAGCUUAGGUGGGUUUACGCCAGCAGCAUCUAGUUGUGAGUUGUUCGCAAAUAUAGAGGCAAACAAGUCCGCCUUCUCUUUGGAGGUGUGAGCCAGCGAUCCGUCAAGCUUAAUUAAAGGCGGCAGCGACGACCUGCAAAAAUUGGCUUCGACUGUCUUGGCUAGGGACCAGAAAGUUUUGCUUCCGGAUGGAAAGGAGGCUAAUUUGGCUGCUAUACGGCCAAUGUGAUCGAAGCGGGCCUUGCGGAGAACACCUUUACAGGAUUUGGCGGCACUGUUAAAGGCCUUCUUCAGACUUCGAACAUUUGGUGAUUUGCGGGCUCGAGCAUCCGCCCAGGAGCGAUACGCAAAAUGCUAAUGUACGUCAGAAUAUGGAAUAAAGUAUUCCAUAGCCUCCUCCUGGGAUCCUCCAGGUUGCGGAGACGUUGGCAGCAGAUGUCAACACGAGCAUACACGCAGGUGCCAGGAUUUAAAAUUGUGAUCCAGGAUGUAACCUGGGUAAUGCAAGUAAGCUGCGUCAGUUGGGCAUCUUAUUUGAGUCUCCGUGAGGAACAGCAGAUGUGGCUUAUUGGUCUCAAGGUGGUGAUAGACACUAUCGAUAUUUGAGUGCAAUCCUCGGAUGUUAGCAAGGUGCACUUUUAGUGCGAGGGAGUGCAGUUGCGUGUAAUAUUGUCAGAGUACAAGAUAUUUUUCGGUUCCUUGAGGUAGCACAGUAAAUUAUUAAAACAGGACUCAUUCUUAUCUCGAAAUAUAAAAUGACUAUCCUUCCUUCCUCUGAAUAUUAAAAGUCUUAAAUGAGUCACGAAAUGAAGGGUUGGACAAGGUUAUAACAUAUUUCAUUAAUACUAUAGACAUCUCUUUCUAAUCUAUUGUUGCAUGCCACGAUAUGGUUAUUUAAUCAGACCGUCCUACCACGCUGAGUUCAAUAAUAGAUUGUAAGUUCUCAUCCAUAACCUUCAACCAACGCUUAGUUGAACAAGUACCUACUUACUUAGAGGAAUGCUUCCCAUAAUUUGCUCAUAUAUAAGAAUUUAAUAGAAGUUAGACAAGUUAACUGAGCUCUGAACAAAGUGGACUCCAAAAGAAUUUUUUUUUUUAUAAUUUAGAACCCAUCUCUAUUAUUUAUACGAUAUUUUUAUAUCUUGCUUUAUGAAGGAUAGAUAGAGAGACGGAAGGAUUUAAUUAAUUAGAAAUAUUUAAUUUGGAUCUCAAGUCUGUUUGUAUGUAAAACAUGCGGUACAAAAAAUACAUGUUGUUGAUUUAUAGUUGCGUCAACUUUUUCUAGAAAAUACGGUUGCUAAUAUAAAUACGAUUCGUAUUCAAAUUCUGUGAAAAACUUAUUAUUUACCUAACCUUAUUCCAGUAACUUGAAAUUAAUACAAAUCAAUGUUUAAUUACUUCAAACAGUUGACGAAGAUAAAGUAAUAUUAUAAAUAAUUGGAUUCCACUUAAAUUGUAUUUAGAACGUUGGUGUAGUAAUGAAUUGUUUGUAUUUUUAAAGCUAAAUAAAUCAUAUCAACAACAGCAAUUUACAUUUGAUUAAUAUGUUUUUAUUUUGCUAUAUAAUAGAUGUAAAUUUAACCGAUUCGCUAUUUGUCAAUUUCUGUAAAUGAUAUAACAAUGACAUCACAACUUAACACAUUUGUGACAUUUUAUAGGCAAUUUGUAAUGCUAAUCGAAACACAAUGUCACGAAAUUACCAUUUACCAAUUAGGAUGGGCAGAAAUACAAACAACGAUAUGCAAUGCUUCUUUGGCACUGAAUAUGCGUUUUAUUAAUAAAACUUAAUAAUAAUAAAUAGUACAUUUUUUUUGUCGCAAUCAUCAAGUCUAUCACAGUCCAGUCAUUAGUUUACAUUCAUUUUUAUGGGAUUUUUAUUGCUUUAUAGUUUGUUAAUAUCGUGGGAGCCGUUUUGUAAGUAAUAACAUCUUGUUCACUUAAAGGAAAGGUUUCCUAGUGGAAGUGUCGCUUGCAAAACGGAGCUUGCUUUCGGUAGUCAGCAUAUAAGGGUAAUCGUGUCAGUAGAUAAGGUGUUCCAACAUUCAGUUCCUUGACGGUGGUGGUGGUGGUAAGGUCGCGAGGAAAUCGAGGGCCUUCUGAAUAGCUGGUGGUAUAGGUGGUGGAGUCGGCAAAUGUGCACCCUGUAACAAAUUCAUAUCAACUUAUUAUAAUGUUCACACAAUGUGCUCCAAUGGAUUUACUCAAUAAUAUAAAAGAGCAGUGCUUGUAACUAGACAUUUAAUACUAUGCUUAACAGAUAACUCCAGCCGACAUUAAAGGGUGAGUAGAGUAGAGGAGGAAAAUUUCAGUCAUACUUACGUUAUCAAACCUAAUCCAUCAUAACCAUCAGCCCAUAGCCCAUUGCUAGAUAUAGACCUUAAUUACUAAAAACAAGCUCAAUUAGCGAAACUAAAUUCACUUAAAUACAACACUAAAAAUGCCUCGCCUAGCGUAAUCGCCUCGCCACGGAACUCGUGUCUCGAGGGGAGACGAUUACUUUAAGAUUCCGAUUAAUGUGCAUUGCAGUAGGGAGUUUCAUACAAAGAAUACAGACUGAACGGCUCGAAUUGAUAUGGUGACGAUCCCUUUCCGAGUUGAUAUGUCUGAUACGACCUUUGCCCAACCAUAUUAUGUAAAAUGAGGGUUAUUUCUGACUUGUCGAUCGCUGUAGGUACCUAUCUUAUCAUCAGCUUAUUAAUGUCGUUACUGCUGGUGCACAAACUUUAUUUAUAGAUGGAAUAGGGAAAAUAGGUUAUGACUAGUUCUCCAUAUUGGUAGAUUGUGUGGUGAUGACAGCCCAAAGUGGUUUCGUAAGAGCGAUCAACACUACAGAUGCAUGCAGGACCACUGCUUAAAAUGCCUUCCCGAACACUGAAGAGCUCGAGAUUAUGCUUUUUUGAUCACCCACCGUAUGACUGACUGUUUCAACAGUCGCUUAAUUACCAAGAUCGCAGAUUCAGAAAGAACUCGCUAACCACUGCUGCCUUGAGUUAAAAUAAUUAAAUUUCAAAAAAUAUACGAAAGUAUUUUUCAAACAGACUCAACCAAACGUUGCACACGUGAUAAGUUAAAAAUACACUUUAUUGAUCAAAUACUUUUGUCAUGUAAUUGACAUCCUCACAUCCUUAAACGCAUGACGCAUGGGCUCAGUGGGACAUUGUACAGCCUUGAAUGAUCAUUAUUAACUAAACACGUCUACAGAUAAAGUAAACGAGACAGAAAUAAAUAUGCAUCAUUUGAUUUGCAAGCACAAAGUACCAAAUAACUCAGCAGUUCUGCGAAUUUAUGUUUUGCGAAAUUAUUAGGUUGACCGAUAGUAGAAAUCCUAUCCACUGUUUUGGAUCUAAAGUCCUGUAUUGGAAGCAAGGGCGAAUCUGUGGCAAAAACCUUGUAUUCACAAAUUGAAUCAUGAAUGUUCAUGAUUCAAUUUGCUUGCGUACAUUUUUAAUACUAUUGCUAUUCUCGGUUAUCAACGUCAUCAUAUUCGUCAUGGUGUGCCUAUUAAAACUUUUAACCCAAUUUUUUUUUAAACAUUGUAGAACAGUCCAUUUUUACCGUAAUUUUGUAGUUUUAAGUUUAUAAAUAGCUGAUUAUUUUCAGAUUUAAAACACAACUUAGAUGUAAAUUAAAGCAUAACAUUUGCAAUAAUUAUAGUUCAUACUGAUGACAGUGCGACUACGCACACUAUAGCCAAAGCAAAUAAUAAUUUACACUAUAUUAUAGCUGAGCCCUCGUUGAGCUACUAUUAAAUCAGGUAGGUAUUUAUUUUUUUACCAGCUUCAAAAAGGAGAAGGUUCUCAAUUCGUCAGUACAUUGCUGUUGGCGCGUAUCUCCAAGAUGCCUUGACCGAUUUUU